GAGAUGAUUGUCUUUGCGUGGUCUUCGGUAUUCGUGCUCUCGAUUAUGUCAGGGGAGAUAAAUCACAGGUGUGAGAUUUUGUCUCAUUGCAUAGGACAAUGAUCGAACUCACGAUCUAUCGAAUUGAUACUGACAUGUCGCUUAUCUGAUCGCUCGACCUUUGUCCCAAAGAUAUAAAUUUACCUAUCUUUAUGUUGAGAUGGUGUGCAUGAUUUACAUACGUUUUUAGUGAGUUGUACACUUGAAAUGAUACUAUAGUCAAUUUUUAUUGACAAUAAAAAUUAAUAUAAUAAGAAAAAAUUAAAAAAAAUUAAAAUACCUUUAAAAGUAAAAAUAGAUAGGGUCACAAAUAAAAAAAUUAACUUUUAAUUGAAAAGGCAUUAUUGGUCGUUAAAAUGUGACUUGAAGACGCCAAGUAAUAAGAUUUUAAAUUAGGUUAUUAGGAUUUACCAAAUGCAUGGGUAUGGCCUUAUAAAAUAACAAUUUAUUUUUUUUUAUAAAAAAAUAAAUAAAUUGUUGCCAUGGCAUUAUGGCAACGUGAAAAUAAUAAUGGUAAUAAAAGGAUAAUAAUAGCAAUGAUAAUAAAAGGGGCAAUGACGGAGGCAUCCAAAUCCAAAUCCAAAUCCAAACCCGAAAAGCCUCGGCCCCGAGCCAAGAGCAGGAGACCCGAGACGACCGAGACCACCAUCACCGCCUCCUCGCUCUUUCCCCCCAAAAAUAUUUUCCGAGAAAGAAUUCGGGCGAGCGGAAGCAGCUAUUGGGAGGGAAAGAGACGCCGGCGGACAAUGCGAUCUUGGAAUUCCAAUGCUGCAGCGUCGUCGUCCGGUCGGUGAUGGCCUUGCAAAUGACUUGGCAGCCGACUCUCCGCCGCCACAACCAGAAGCAGCGCAAGCAAGGAAGCCCUCCCCUCGGCCUCCGAAACCUUGGCAAUUCCUGCUACCUCAAUAGCGUCCUCCAGUGCCUCACCUUCACUCCUCCUCUCGCCAAUUUCUGCCUCUCCUUCCGACACUCCUCCUCCUGUGACUUGGCGGAGGCCGACAAGAAGCGGGACUGUCCGUUCUGUAUUUUGGAGAAGCGGAUCGCGAGGUCUCUGAGCGUUGAUCUGGCGCAGGACUCGCCUCGGAAGAUGAACAGUUCUCUGAAGACUUUCGCCGAACACUUUCGCCUCGGUCGCCAGGAGGACGCCCACGAAUUUCUCCGCUACGUGAUUGACUCCUGCCACAACGCCUGCCUCGGUCUCAAGAAGCUAAAAUGGCGCAAGGGCGGCGACACCAGCUGCAGCGGAGGAAACGAGGGGUUUUCUUCUACGGUGGUGAAGGAGAUUUUCGGGGGUGCUAUUCAGAGUCAGGUGAAGUGUCUGGUCUGUGGUGCCGAGUCCAAUAAGGUCGACGAGAUUAUGGACUUGAGUCUUGAUGUGUUGCAUAGUGGUUCUCUCAGAGACUGUCUGCAGAAGUUUUUCCAAGCGGAGAAUUUGGAUGGGAAUAACAAGUACAAGUGUGAGAAUUGUAAAAAAUUGGUGGUGGCAAGGAAGCAAAUGUUUUUACUUCAAGCGCCUAAUGUCCUUGUGAUCCAACUCAAGAGGUUUGAGGGCAUAUUUGGUGGGAAAAUUGAUAAGGCAAUUGCGUUUGAUGAAUUUUUGGUGCUUGCAAGUUACAUGUGCAAAGCAAGCAAGGUGCAGGAUCCACAUCCAGAGUAUAAACUGUUUGGUACAAUUGUGCAUUCUGGCUUCUCACCAGAUUCUGGACACUAUUAUGCAUACGUCAAGGAUGCAACAUGCCGUUGGUAUUGCUGCAAUGAUUCUUAUGUUAAACUUUCAAAUCUGCAAGAGGUUUUGUCAGAGAAGGUUUACAUCCUAUUCUUUUCUCGUACUAAACAAAGGCCAGCACCUGCCAGCACUGCAUUGCCUUCCAGUGGGGUGAAGCCUAAAGAGUGCAAUGGCAGUGAUGUACCCAUAAAUAGAAAGGUAGAUGAUUCUAGAAAAGCAGCGUACAUGGAUCAAUCUGUUGAAAAUUCUGUGGAUAAUUUGAACAGGUCUGAGGUCAAUAAAGUGCCUUCUAGUCCACAAGCCAAUAAAAGUAACUCUGGAAAAAAUAGUACUCAAAAGUCUCUUGCUACUUCCAAUGCAAAAAUUGACUGUUCCACUGGAAAUAAUGGGGAUGCCAAAGCCUCGCUUUCUGCAAAGAGUGAGAAGAGUAAUGCAUCAUUGGGUGGAAAUGGUGUUAUGGAAGGUAAAGCAGUUAAAGCAGUUGAUGGUGAGAACAGCCAAGUAUUUCCCUUAGUACAUGGGAAUGGUAAGACCAAGAGUGUACCUGCUAUGUCUGCAGAAGUGGGCAUGCGUGAAGACAGUCAUGGAAGAAAUGGAAUCAAAAUUGGAAGAGGAGCAAACUGGCCUAAAUUGCAGAAUGGUGGUGCUAACUGCUGCUCUGAUAUCUUGAGGUCAAAGAGGAAAUUAGAGGAUGAGAAUUCGUGCAUUUUGUUUGCUCAAGAUAUUCAUUCUCAAGAAAAACUUAAACAAUUCAAAGAAACUCUAGGAAAAGAAGCUUCUUCAAUUCUGCGAUCAUGUGGUUGGACAGACGAAGUUUAUCAUUCCAUGCUUUCUAGAAAAAAAGCAUGUUCUCUAGAAACAGGCAAUAUGGCAUCACACGGCAAUGAAUUAAGGAAGUCGUUGAUAACAAAUGCCAGAGGAAAUUUUAUAUCAAAAAUUCCAGAAUCCUUGAAAGAGACCCUUAUUAACCGUCUCAGAUCUUUUAGCCAGGAAAAAUAGCAUUCAGCUUCUCUAGCAUCUCGCCCAUGGUAUGUCAAUGACUACUGAUGUGUUGGUGGCAGAGGUUGAUGUAUUAUCAGUAAUGCUGAUUUUUAUCUUUCAUGAAUGUUGACAAAAUCCUCGAGCCGUAACUAGGGGUAUGUCUCGUUUUAUAUCUUUACUCAAAUGAUGGGGUUGAGAGAAGGCUGUUUUAUCUUGUCAUUUGAUGUUUCAUCAACUGAUAUAUAGGUGCCUAAUUGGUCAAACUUGAGAUUGAAGGGCUGAGUUAGCAAAUUGCCGAAAGUUUUCUUUCUCCUUUGCAACUGUGCAGGUUGUGGCAGAGAACAAGCAACACUUUCUGUUCAUUUUGUAUGAUAUCCUUUCUUUUUUGUUUUUUUAAAAUUUUGAUUAAUAUACUAUCCUCAUUUUAUGGACGCAUCAAAUUUUCCCAUAAAAAUGUGGUUGGAUUGGUGCUCUUGGAUCUAAUACUAAUUGAGUCCUUUUUCCAAAAUAUGAAAAAAAAGAGAGGAGAAAAUAUGACAUUGAUAAUCAUUUUACUUUUAUUGCCAUGCUCUUUAUCUUUCUGCACUGGCAGUUGGAAUUGGUGUUCUCAUCUACUAGGAAGCUAGUAUUCUUCUGUACGUCGUUGCCAUUGAAUGGUUUAUAAAUGAACUGAGCCCAAACAGUAGUCUGGAUAAGGUGCCAAACAGUAGUCUGGAUAAGGUGCACUCUGAACAUGUAUUUACUUCUAAAAGCUCCUCUUGUGCAAAUACAACAACAAGGUUCUGAAGUCUGGAUAAGUUGCACUCUGAACAUGUAUUUCUUCUGUACGUCAGUUUUGGGUGUUAAAAAGGUUCUGAAUUUUUUGAGGUUGAGAGUAGGCUGAUGGGUGUAUAAAAGUAAAGAUGCAUUUUUCACAUGUACCUUUAUUAUUUGUUUCAAUCGGAUUUUAUCUGUUGUUUUGUUUC